AUGUCGAAACAGCAGAAGGUUACUCAAUACCAGGAGCGCGUUUAUACAGCCCUUCAGAUGAUCCCAGAGGGUCGCGUCACAACGUACGCAGCCAUCUCAAAGGCUUUAAACAGCUCUCCUCGCGCGGUGGGUGGUGCGCUACGCGUCAAUCCGUUCUGUCCAGAGUUCGUUGGCGGGUACAAGGGUGACUGUGAGAAAGCACCCAGCGGCCAGAACCAGGAUUCGAAGCUGCAGCUGCUGAAGGAAGAAGGUGUCUCGUUCAAUGCAGAUGGAUUCUUGGUCGAUAAGACAUUGCUGUGGGAUGAUUUUGACGUGGAAAAGUUGAAGUAA